AUGACUCCAGAAGAUUCUUUAUCAAGAUCCAAAGCAUUCUUCUAUGCCUUUCUGAGUGGAUCCAUCCUCACUUGUCUCUCCACUCUAUGCCUUCUCAUCUUUGGAAUUGUAACCAUCGCCAACACGACUCGUUCUGCUGUAAUUUACAACAAUGGAGCAGCCAUGAUUGUUUUCGCAUGUGGUUCGUUCCUUGUUUGGUUGGGUAUGAUGGGAGGUUUAGUAGCCACGGCCUUCUUGAUUCGAAGAUAUAGUGAGCGUACUACAGCUAGAACCACUAUGAAGCCAACCAUCUAUGGAGGACAAGAACCACACAUUGCUACCACUCUUCCUUAA